AUGCUCUUCUUUACGAGCGGAGUCUUCUUGUGCGCUGUGCAGUCAUCGCAGCUCUCUUUUGGCGGCAAUGAGCCAGAAAUCCCACGCUACAGGCUCAGCAACCCCUCAAUCCUCGACCCCCACCGACCCGACACACCGGCGUGCUCGGCGGCACGCGGGUAUCGAACACGAACACCUUCUAUUCAGACAAAGAACCGUAUAUCCUAUAGAUGGAAUCAGCAAAGAGCCCUACUACAUGGUGGCAGCCCGUCGUCGCUUACGCGAUGCGAGCAGAGAGGCUGGCAGCAACCCGACACCGGCGCCCGCGGCAUCGAGGCUCGGAGGGGUAAAGAAGACUACAACAUACCAGGCAGGUCUAUCCCACAGUGGUACUCGUACCGUCUAUUCGUAAAACCGAUGCGAAAAGCGACUGGUGAUACAGUCAGCCUCAGCACCACGAUCUCACGAUGUCCUCCUCCAGCCGCCUCGAAGGGCGCGUACCUCAAACGCAAACAACGCGCCAACCUCUUGAUCCGAAAGAUGAUACACUAUGGCAUCGGUCGUCGCAUGGAAGUUACACGGGCCGGCAAUCAGCAGGGAGGCUCUAGGGCAUCAGAAUGUGGGGAAGCGCCACGCUCUAAUGUCAAGACCGACCGUCGAUCGAGACCAGUGUUCGGAUGGAUGCGCACACGAGCACUAGAACGAACACAUCGCCGCCCUGUAUCCCGAGCGACAGAGGAGGUUGAUAUUAAUGGGAAGGUCGUCCACAGCGGCCAGAUCGACAGCUGGUAG